AUGGAACUUGAAGAACAACAUUUAAUUCGUGCACUCAAAUAUCUAACACAAACUAAUAGUUGUGAAUUAUCACAAAAGGAAUGCAAAAUUAUUUUUAAUGAAAUUCUUUCUCAAAAUUUAAAUGAUGAAAACAUACGAGAUUUGAUAAUAAAUAUAAAAUCAGGUAUACAAGGAAAUAAACAGAAUUAUGUGGAAAAUUUCAUUUUAAGUCCUUCCAUGUUAUAUUUACUUAUAAAUAAACAAUUAAAAAAGCAUGAUUUAGAAACGAUCUUUAAGGAUUUCUUUAACUGUAUACAAAAUAAUAAUGAAAUAAAUUCAGAAGAUUUAAAAAGGUUUUUAAAUCUGUGUAAUAAAAAUAUGUCAUGUAAUUCCUCAAUAGAUUUUAGUAAAAUUAAUUUAAAUAUGAUCAAAUUAAAAGAGCCCAUGAAUUAUAAUAUUUUUAUAAAUAUGAUGGAACAAUAUCUAAAAAAAAAAGAUGACAAUAAUUAA